UUGCUUGCUUUUGCUAAUCCGAUCCAGAAAAAACGAACAUUCUCCCACGUGCUUCGGGCCUUGCAAUAGCAGUAGAUGCUACAGACGUGGUGUCAUUAUCAGCGAUUCCUCAAUCGAUCAGAAGAAAGGGAAUAUAACCUGCCCCUCAUUGUCCUUCAAUCAUGGUGCAAUGAAUAUCGUAGAUAGAGUGAUUUCGAUCUCAUAUAGCUAGCUUUCCUUUCAAAGUGAAACGAUUUUCCUUUUACGUUGAGAUAUUUGAAUUGGAUUUUAUUUCACCACUACUAUCGUAACGCACAGAAAACACUGACGUUUCCGCUCGCUUUCAACCACUGCCACUUUACCUGAGCACUGUGACGCAGUCGGUCAAGUAUUGAGUUUCUGCUAGUAUAUCAAGGACUUAUGAGAACUGAAAAGAAAAAAACGAAAAAAGGAAUUCUCAUAGUUCAUUGAAUUAAGGGAGGGCCAUUCGUGGGGGGUUCGUGGAAGAGUUGGGUUCGAUUCCCUUUAUACGCGAUGUGGCGAAAAAGACUGAUUCAACGAAAUAUGCCAUGCCAGCAUUAAGAUUUAAAACGUGUCGUCUACUUCCAGGAAAUGUUCGGAACAGAGAACUUUCUCUAAUCCAACGCCGUAUUCUCCGAAGAUUGAGGAACAAGAGGAGAUCCAUUAAAAGAAAUCUUUCUCGGAGAGAAAAUCUAAACAGUAACAUCAAAUCACAAACUACACGAAAGUUGUCUCUUUAUUAUGGGGAUUUACCCAUAAGGGAGAUGCACAGAGGAAGAGAACGAACUUCAUAUAUCCCUUUUUUACUCAAUCAAGAAACAAGAUCGGACGUGAUUCCGGUUCGUCUCCAUUUUAGUGACACUCUUCCUCAAGCAAGGCAGCCGAUAAGUCAUCGAAGGGUUUGUUUGAAUAAUGGACUGGUAACCAUUACUCAUUUGAAAGUUUCCCACGGUGAUCUAAUAUCUUUUAAAGAAAAUGACGCGAGAACCCGCGGUUUUGAAAUAAGGAGAUCUUUCUAUAUCGACAUAUCAGUUGGAAAAAUCAUAGGCAAAUUCCUAUCGGCCAUAUCAGUUGGAAAAAGAAGAGGCAAAUUCCUACCGGCCAGAAUCUGGAGAAGAACAAAAAAAGAAUGGUUCCGCUUACUCACAACUCAGAGGGGAUGCCGCUUACUACUCAAAUCCAAGGAAUUGCAAAAGUUGCGUUCUUAUAUGCAAGAAGAAGACUUUGAAAGAACAAAGAAGUUUGGAUCCGCAAAAGUAUGCUUAGGCAGUUCCUUCGCUGAGCACAACAGAAUGAAGAGGAAUUUGUUUCAUUUCAAAUACUUCUUCUUAUUGAAAAGAGGGAAGGAGAAAAACCGAAAUCUUCCUACUCGAACAAUAAGUCCUUUUGUAGAAAAGUCUUCUUUAUAUAGUAAUUCGACCUAUUGCUCCGGAUCCCCGUUUACUAGGAAGAUAAGAAUCAAAAGGAUCGAACUACCUACUCAUUAUUCGGAGGUGAAUCAUAGAACACUAAAAGCUGUGGUAUCUUAUGGACCUAACAUAGGUCACAUCCCUCACGACAUAAGAUUGAAAGAUCCAAACCUUCCUCUUCGGAGCGGAAACGGACGUGGCCAAAACAUAUAAAAAAAGAUCGGCCUAGUCGCUCAUAGGGACAUAUCUAUCCGGAUAGAGGAUAGUCUAGAUCAAUUUUGAGAAAAAUCUCUCUCUAUAUAGAUAGGUAUCUCUGUGGAUAGAGAUAAAGAUAGGGAUCCCUAUAAAUCGAAAUAUAUGGAAAAAGUGCACUUUUUGACUACUACUACUAUUUCUUAGACUUUUUCAAGGAAACAUCGUUUUUUCGAUUUUGACUGAAUUGGUCGGAGCGUAGACGAGCAAGCAGAGCCCAGGAAAGAGGUCAGAUCGUCAUAGAGCAGUCGACUAUAAGUAUAAGACUGCUGGCCUGAGAGAAGGCAGUCUCUCUCGGGAAACAUGGCCCAAUUUCUCUUCUUUCUUUUCACACGGGCAACAA